AUGGAAUGGGCUCGAGAAGCUCCUCGCAGCUCAACAGCUCGACGAGCAUCGUGCAUGAUAUCUCGUAUUUUUGUGGGAAAGCUCCCAUGUAGAGAAAACACGCUUUUAGAUGCUGAGGCAAGUAUCGGUAGCUCUGAAACAGCGACUCGGACAUUUGAUUGUAUGCGUCUGAGAAAACCCAACUCUCUCCCAUCGCAACACGCUUCCAGAUCGAGCAACUGUGACGAUCGUGAGAGGAAGGCCGUCACAAUUCUCGGCAAUCCUUUGUCCAUAUUUCUCGAGUCGAAGAGGGCAAGGCUGGUCUCCGAAUACCUCGACACGAAGAAGCUCCCAACUCUCUUCUUUGCUCAUGAAACAUUUUUCGUGGGAGUAUUUUCGGGACCAGUCGUUGAUCGAGACUCCUCGUAG